AUGGCCGACCGUUUUGCGGCUCUCGCCGGAUACGAUGCCGGUGCCAAUUAUGACUCGACAGUAGAGCAGAGCUUGGGCGCGGCUGCUAAGGAGGAACUUCCAGGUCUCGAAACGAUCGCCAGCAUCAAUAUCGAUCUUCCUCCGUCGAGGCCGCUCAACAGCACAUUCGGCAAAUCCAAGAAGCCGAGUACAGCUACUGAACGUGCCAGGCGGAUCACUUCGGGUCCGAUGGACCUUGGCGCCCCGCGGUCCCGUACUCCCCCUCCGCCACAGCAUGAUACUUCUGGAGCAUCUUCGAACAAGGAGAAUGCUCGACGCGAAGAGCCUCCGUCGACGCAACGCAAGCAGGAGCAUCGAAGGCAUUAUGGCGUACGCAUCGCCGAAGAUGACACGUUCGAGGAGCUGGAAGACAGUCUGCCAAAGGCGCAUGAGCAGGAUGAGUUGCAACGCGUGCAGCAAGACCUCUCGCAAGCAGGCGAUUCACUACUAGCUGCCUCUCCAGCCAACGAUUCGGGCCAAUGGGGUGCUCGCGCUAUGCGUCGACGCUCAGCAGCAGGCGUGUCGAUGAAGUCGGCACAGGAGAAGAUCAACAGUCUCACACAGGAACGCGACGAGCUCAAGAUCGUCGUUGAUCUCUUGCGCGAGAAAGUGUCGCUCGAUGACCGUCUCGCGGAGCUCAUCGUUCUCAAGAAAGAAAAGCUUUCGUACACCAACAAGAUGAUCGCACAACAGGCCAUGCUCAAGCAACAGGACCGUGCCAUCAAGGUGCUACAGAAGGAACAGCAGCAGUGGAAGGGAAGCAGUCCAGCAGAGUACGAGAAGCACAUUGCUGAUCUUCAGGCUAAGCUCGUUGCCGCCAACAACAAGGUGGAAGAGCAGCGACGCGAAAAGAUGCGCGUUGAGGACGAGCUCGAGUUUAUCAAGCGCAGAGGACCACCACCUGGCGACGCGAGUCGGGGCGACGAGACGUCAGCAACCUCCCUCGGUGACUCUACACGUUUACGGCAGCGUAUUGAUGCGCUCCGCGACGAACACGAGGACGAAAAGUACGAGCUUCGUCGGGAGCGCGACGAGGUGCAGGAACAGCUCGAGCUCGCGCGAGACGAGAUCGAUCGCCUUCGCUCUGAGCAGCGCCGCGCCUCUUCGCCCUGCGAAACAUCACACCAGCAGCGCAACAUUGAUGAUCUCGAACAGCAGCUCACGGCUCAGAAAACUGAGAACGCCAAGAUGCUCGAGCGACAUGCACAGCUGGUCGCCGAUAUCGAACAGCACAAGGACGAGCUGUACGAACUACGAUCGUCGGAAGAGGCACUGCAGCGAGAGCUUGACGUGGCGAAUCAGAGGCUCGAGCAUGCCAACAUCACUCAAGAGGACGAGGCGAUCCGCUUCAGCGAGGCCGAACGCCUGGCUGCAGACCGAUACCAGGAUCAAAUCGACAAGCUUCGCGACGAGUUGGCGUCAGCACAGCUUCAGAUCGAUGGCAAGGAAGCCGAGCUGGAAAAGCUCGAUGCGGAAUUGCAAGACCUCACAGCCAAGGUGGCAGACCUCGAGUACGAAUUGCGCCAAGCAGAGAACCUGUUGGAAGAACAAAAGGCACAGCUCGAAGGGGUUGAAGCCGAAGCAGAUGAGCUGGAUCGUCAAGUGCAAGCGUUCAAGCAAGAGGCUGACGAGCUGCGCGCCGAGGCUGACGAGCUGCACAAGGAGCUUGAAGCCAAAGACGCCGAUCUGGCAGAGACGAACAAGGAGAUGCAGGAAAUGUCGAACCGCAUGUUUGGCCUCGAAGAAGAGCUUGAGGCGCGCGCCGACGAGAUCAAGCAGCUGGACGAAGAGAUUGUCAAGGUGGAAGAGGCGCUUCAACAGGCCAACGAGAAGCACGAGCGCCACACGACGGUUCUCAAAGAAAAGCUUGCGAUGACGAUGCAGGAGCUGAGCGCAUCGCAGGUGCAGCUGGAAGCGACGCUGGGCGAGCUGGAAGCGAUGCGCAACGAGGCGGACACGUACGCACGCGAGGUAGAGCAGCUUAGCGCCGAACGCGUGCGCCUGGAAGACCUCAACGCCAAGCUUGAUGCCAAAGUUUCAGACGUGGUCGAGGAUCUCAAAGCGGAAGAGCGCGCGUUGGACGAGGCGCACGCCGAAUGGGAGCGCAAACUCGAAGAGGCCGAGCAGCGCAUGUCUCGUGUUGUUCGUGAUAAGGAGGAAACAAUUGUUGCGCUAGAACAAGAGCUCAACCAGAUGGAAGACGACCUGGCGACGCGCAAAUCCGACGUGCAGACGUUGCAAGAUGCGUUACGGGCCAAAGAAAACGAGUCGUUCCGAAUGGGUCAGAGUUCGGCCAACGACAAGUACAGUUUGGAGUUGGAGGUGGAUCGGCUCAAACGCGAUCUGUCAAGGUGCGAAGACGACCUUGUGCGGGCACGAAAGGAGCUGGAUCGCAAGGAUGAUGCUCUGCGUCAGAAAGAGGAUACACUGGCAGCGUUGCAUUCGGAGCUGCGUGAGGCACAGUCGAAAUUGGCAAGCGAGGCGCAGUCGCAUCUAGGCUUGUCGGAGCGAUUUGAAGCGCAACAGAGUGCCAUCAAGGCGGAACGCAAGGAGCUCGAAGCGGCACGUGCCAAAGUGGAAGAGCUGGAACACGAGCUGAAUGACGGAGAGCGGGCGACGCUUCGAACCGAACAGGCGACGCGCGAUGCGCUCAACCAACGCAACACGUUGCUGCUCACCAUCUACCAACAGAUGGGUAAACUUACCGCGGCAGCCGACGGAGCAACGCCACGUAAGAGAGACGCCGAGCUGAAACCGUUUACCAACUUUGACGUGUUCCACUCGAGUCUGCUGGCGAGACUUCGCAAGGUGUUCGAUACGCAGCUUGGCGUGGACCAAAAAGCCAAGGAACUGGAAAGCAAGCUCAUGGAAAAGUACACAGCGCUCAAACGACAACAGGAUUCGCGAUUCCGACAAAUCGAUCGGUUUGAAGCGUCGAUCAAACAGGCUGCUGACAAACAAUCUCAGUGGCGACAAAGGCUGGUUUCGAAACAGAGCGAACUGGAUUCGGUGAAAGCGACCAAUGCCGAACUGCUGUCGCAGAUUUCGUCGUUGAAAACACGCACCUCGCUGUCCACGCCUGGUGACAACAGCAAAUUGACGACGCUGACGACGAGAGCAAACACGGCUGAACGACGUCUAGCCACGGCGAUGGCGCAAGCGUCUCAGGCGGAAGAGCGCUUAGCCGAGGCCAAGGUCAAGUAUGGUGAAGGAGAAGGUAAAUGGGCAGCGAGGAUCAAAGAGUUGGAACUGCGGUGCAAAGCUGCCGAAGAGAGGGUCAAGAGGGAGAGGCAGGGCGCCAAGGAAAGAGUCGCCGAGUUGGAGGAGAUCAGGAGGAAGUUGGAGAAGGAUCUCGAGGCUGCGGUCAAACGAAACAAGGUGGUAGGGGAGCUGCAGGCCACUGUGAGAGGGAUCAAUUGA